GCUGCCUGCCCGGCAUGGCGGCACCGGCAUACGUGACCCUCUCGACCGUACCGCAGCCGCCUACCCCGCUUCCCGCGCGAGCACCAAGGUGGUCUCCAAGUCCGUUCAAGGCAAGGCUCCGUUCCACCCUGGCGACCAUCGUGUUACCAUCCGCCACGCCCUCACCCGGAGCAAGCAGCAGCAGGACGUCGCCCACAAGACUAAGAGGGAGGCCGUCCUGCCGCACAUCGACCGCCGGCGCCAUCGCGUCCUCUCCCACAGUGCCGAGUACAAGACGUCCGGCUGGCUGACCACCCUCGCGUCGACAGACAACAACAACACUGGUCUUGAUGCUGCGGAGUUUCGAGAUGCCCUCAACAUGCGUCACGGCCGUCACCCCCCCGGCCUCGCUGCACGCUGCGACCACUGCAACCAGCCCCUCACCGUCGACCAUGCACUGUGCUGCAAGCGGUACGGCCUGGUGAUUCGUCGCCACAACGAGCUGCAGGACACUUUCGCCGAGCUGAUUGGGAUGGCGUGGGGGGACGCUGGUGUGCGUCGGGAGGUGGUGUUGAAGGAGGGAGAGGAGGGGGAGGGCGGGGUCAGAGCGAACAUCGUCGCUCGGGGCGUGUGGGAGCGGCAGGCGGCUGCGUCGUUUGACAUCUGUAUUACGGAUCCUGACGCAAUGUCUUACGCUUCCAAGAACCGAUCGACCAAGUCCAUCCUGAAGCAGCACGAGACCGCCAAGAAGAAGAAAUACCGCUCGGCCGUCUGCGACUCCCGCGUGACCUUCUGCCCUCUGGUGGUGACGUGUGACGGUGUGUGGGGACACGAUGCCAACGUGUUCAUCGCCCACAUGGCUCAUGCGCUGUUGGAGAAGGAGGGGUGGAAGGGUCGGGGGUUCAGUCAUGUGUCUGGAUGGAUUCGCUCUCGCUUGUCUAUCGCCCUCGCGCGUGCGACUAGCUUCUGUCUGCGUGGGGGAGGGAGGGGAGGGUUUGCAGGACUGGGGUGUGCUGAUGGGGCGGGGAUUGAUCCCUCCUCCCCUUGA